CCCGCCUCUUCCAUCUACAAGUACCGUCUCUUCCGCUGCGCCGCACCCCGUACGCCCAGCGCCGACCACCAACCCCUUCCGUCUAGGCAAGCAACCCGGCGGCGCGAACACCAAGUCCCCCCGGCGGCCGCAGCAAUGCUCCUAACCAAGCCCCACCCCGCCCUCACCCUCCCCUCCGCAUCCCUCCCAAAUCCUAACCUAAAGGCCGCCCGCGUCAGGCCCCUCGCCUCCUCCGCGCCCCAUGGACGCCGCGGGCUCCGCGUCUCGGCCUCCUCCUCCUCCCUGGCGCCAGCGCAGGCCGCGUCCGCGGCGCUGAACCGCGUGGACGUCCUGUCGGAGGCGCUCCCCUUCAUCCAGCGGUUCAAGGGCAAGACGGUGGUGGUCAAGUACGGCGGCGCGGCCAUGAAGUCGCCGGAGCUGCAGGCGUCGGUGAUCCGCGACCUGGUCCUCCUCUCCUGCGUCGGCCUGCGCCCCGUGCUCGUGCACGGCGGCGGCCCGGAGAUCAACUCCUGGCUGCAGCGCGUCGGCGUCGAGCCGCAGUUCCGCAACGGCCUCCGCGUCACCGACGCGCUCACCAUGGAGGUCGUCGAGAUGGUGCUGGUCGGCAAGGUCAACAAGCAGCUCGUCUCCCUCAUCAGCCUCGCCGGCGCCACCGCCGUUGGCCUCUGCGGCAAGGACGCGCGCCUCCUCACGGCGCGCCCCUCCCCCGACGCCGCAGCCCUCGGGUUCGUCGGCGAGGUCACGCGCGUCGACCCCUCUGUGCUCCACCCGAUCAUCGCCUCCGGCCACAUCCCGGUCAUCGCCACCGUGGCUGCCGACGAGACCGGGCAAGCCUAUAACAUCAACGCCGACACUGCGGCGGGGGAGAUCGCGGCUGCCAUUGGCGCCGAGAAGCUGUUGCUGAUCACUGACGUGUCCGGCAUACUCGCGGACCGGGAUGACCCCGGGAGCCUGGUGAAGGAGAUUGACAUCGCCGGCGUACGGCGGAUGGUGGCCGAGGGCAAGGUGGGUGGGGGCAUGAUACCCAAGGUGGGGUGCUGCGUGCGCGCGCUGGCGCAGGGCGUGCACACGGCCAGCAUCAUUGACGGCCGCGUCCCGCACUCUCUCCUGCUCGAAAUCCUCACCGACGAGGGCACCGGCACCAUGAUCACCGGCUGAAACUUGUUUGUUUGUUGUUGUUUUUUUCUUUUCUUUUUUGGUUCACAUUCUUUGGGUUGGAUGGUUUUGCAUCCCUCAUUUGUGUUAAAUGUGUUUUCGAUUCGAAUCCUGAACAAGGAGUGGUGAAAGAUUGCAGCUUUAAGCAGAAUAUAUACAUUUCGUGGCAAGAUUUUCCAA